GAAAAUCAAAUCUUCUCUCAAGGUUUGCAAAAGAUGAAUUUCGCUUAGAUUCAAAGCCAACCAUAGGGGUUGAAUUUGCUUACCGGAAUAUAAAGGUUGCUGACAAACUCAUCAAAGCCCAGAUAUGGGACACUGCUGGCCAAGAAAGUUUUCAUAGAUCAGUGGAUAAUGAAUGCCAACAGUUUUGCCUACACGUGUUGCUCCUUUCCUCUUUGCCUGCGAGAGGAGCCACUCAUAGUUCAGGGACAGACACGUGUGUGCCUAGUUACUCUUCUCUUCUAUAAUAAGAACAGGUUCCGUGAAUUAAGGUUCAAGAGGCUCAUAUUUCUCUUGUAUAUACACUCACAAAAAUGGAGGCGAAUAAAGAGAGAAGAGAGGUGGUAGAGAAAAAGGAAGAUUCAGAGACACAAGGAAAGAAGAAGAAUGAAUGUUAUGAUGGUGUUGAUGAAAGCGCUGCAACGAAGAAGUCAACGACGGGGCUCGAUCCAAUGACAAAGACAUUGAUUCAUAAAUCCAUCAUCACUGACGGUAAUGGAGAAAAAGAAGGUGGUACUGGUGACAAUCAUGGAGCAGAAACUCGAGAUGAUGUUCUUGCCUUCUCUCGAUCUGUUCACAAAAUCGACUUCUCACUCGAAUGAAAAAUAUAGAUAAUUAUUUAUUAUAUGUGACACUGGCUAUAGCUCGCUGCUUUGUUAAUGUCAAUGCCCAUUAUAACAAAUGACAAUCAUCUAUAUAUUGCACACGUUGAUUCAGGUUA